AUGCCGUCACCAGACGAAGCCGUGACCGACGGCUACUUCAACGACCUCAGCCAACAACUCCCCGACCAGCCCACCCAAGCACAACCACCCAAAUCCAAACGAGUAGCAUGUGUGCUGUGUCGCAAACGCAAGCUUCGGUGCGAUGGAGCGAAACCGUCAUGCGCGACAUGCACUCGCCUUUCGCACAACUGCACAUAUGAUGAGGUUCGCAAGAAGAGCGGCCCCAAGAGGGGGUACGUGAAAGAACUCGAGGCUCGUUUGGCCCAAGUCGAGACACUCCUCAACAACCAUGCUGGCGUCGAAAUGCCAUUUAAUGCUAUCGACCAGCCUGUCACCAACGGCGACGAUCUGCCAGACUUGGGUGGUAUAGACCCCGACCAAGGACGUUUGAUGCAGGAAAUGCGUGUAGGCCAGUCUCCACCCCCAGCCAGUGAUUCAAACCCUGCUACACGUCAGCAGUCAAUGUCUGAGGCCUAUGAUACCCUACAGCCCGCCUUCUGGGAGGGCGAGAUCAAAUCACCUUCGUGGAUGCCCAACUUGUCAAUGCUUGCUACCGGCAUGGACGAACCUCUGCCUCCUCCAGAUGUCUGUGCCGAGCUGACCGCUAUCUACUUUGAACGUGUUCACCCCUCCGUCCCUGUCUUGCAUCGACCUCGCUAUCUCAUGGCCAUGCAGAACACGUCGCCCGUCCUACGUCCCCGUCUGUCCCUCCAGUAUGCUGUUUGGACAUUGGCUGCUAGCUCUCACCCAAAGUAUGAAAGCAUGGUCGACACCUUGUAUCGCCGUGCUCGUCACUACCUCGAGCGUGAUGAGAUGUUUGGCGUUGGCGAGAAGAUGAUCAAUAUAGCCACAGUUCAGGCCUGGCAAUGCAUAUCAGCUUACGAGUUCAAGAUGAUGUACUUUCCAAGAGCAUGGCUCAGCACUGGAAGGAGUGCCCGAUUGGCUCUCAUGAUGGGUCUGCACCGUGUCGACGGUCCUAACGUUGACGUCAAGCAAUGCCUGCCCCCACCCAAAGACUGGAUAGAGAGGGAGGAGCGAAGACGUCUGUUCUGGAUGAUCUUCUCUGGCGACCGAUAUGCGAGUAUUGGUACUGGCUGGCCCAUGACUAUUGAUGAGGCCGACAUUUGCACAGAUCUGCCGGCCUCAGACGAAGCCUUUGACGCUGGUACACCCGAGCCUUCCGUAUCCCUGAUGGAAGCUCUGUCGCCCGGUGGGGCUGAUGGCUUAUCAUCAAUGGGCGCGGUUGGUGUCAUUGCUGCUCUCUUCGGUCGCAAUCUGUUGCAUUUACAUCGGCACACACAAGACCAGAACGAUGGCGACAUCAACGGCGUAUUCUGGAAGCGCCAUCGACAGAUGGAUGGCAUAAUCCUUUCCUUAUUGCUCGGUCUACCAGAGUCUUUACGACUGCCCCUCGCCGUCUCCGACCCUAAGGUUGUGUUCAUGAACAUGUGCAUCCACACUUCCGUAAUAUGUCUUCAUCAAGCUGCUAUCUUCAAGGUGGAGAAGCACCAGCUGCCAGCCAAACUCGCUACCGAAUCGAAGAUGCGUUGCUUGACCGCGGCCGCCGAGAUCUCAAGCUUGAUGAAAAUGUCCAGUCACCUCGACAUGGCUCAAGCUAACCCGUUCAUGGCCUUCUCUCUAUACGUCGCUGCCAGAGUCUUUGUUCAAUACCUCAAGUCACGACCUCGUGAUGAUACGGCUCGAGGCUCACUACACUUCCUCCUUUCCGCUCUCCAGGCCAUGAAGAAGACAAAUCCACUUGCCGAGUCAUUCAUAGCGCAACUAGAUGUCGACCUCGAAGUAGCCGGCCUUGAUGAGCUACGCAGCUUGCGCGUUCGUGCAGCUCGAGCAGCCCAAGCCCAAGCCCAAGAGGCCAUGCAAUGUCCUUAUGCCGAUGAAGAGGGAAACCGACCUACAUUUGGAGACAACGGUCUAGCCCAACACUCCAAUCCAAAGACAAGCCGAGGAGGCAACCAUCCCUCUGGCGGCACUUUCCCACCCGAGGUUGCAGCAAUGAUGUCUCAACCGCAUCAAGGCAACUUCAAAGGCAUUUUCCCUGUACGAAUGAACCUUGCCUCGGACAACUCUACUGCCCAUACGUCGCCUCAGACUCUUGGAUCCAGCGAGGCAGACGUGAUGGAGUUGUGUAACAAUGGAGUCUCUCCCUCUGAUUCAUCUUCCUCAUCCACAGGUCCUGCAAAUCACUCUACACUGAUAUUCCGCCAAUCAUCCAACAACUGGCAAACCUUGCAACAAUCCCAACAACAAUCUCCAGAAAUGAUGUACAUCAACCAAGUCCCANNCAACAACAAAUCCCCUCUCAACAGCCACCACCACAACAACAAUUCCCACAAUACCAACAACAACAGCAACAAACAAUGCAAGACACACCAAUGUCCACACUCCUCCCACACAUGUCCGAUUUCUCCAGCACCGAAUUUUCAGCAACGGAGUUUNCUGAACUUUACGAAAACGGGGGCGACGGCGACGACGACGGUGUUGGAGUUGGGUGCUGUGGAUGAAGGACAGUUGUUUCAACUCAGUGAUGCCGAGUGGGGACAGGUCAUGGGAGAGUUUGGCGAUGGUGGAGAGUUUUCGGUCGAGAAUAAUCUUUUGCAGUAG